UGACACGGCUGUGCUCCCCACUUUUUAAUUCUGCAUUACUUGCGAGUGGGACAUUUCUCAGCUGAAGCUGUGUGGAAAUUAGAGCUUUUAUUCGCCAUGCCUUUUCCAUCAAGCCUAUGAGCUGACACAGUAGACUGCUUCUUGUGGGCUCUGUGCUGCUUGAGGAGGAUUUUUUUUUUUUGCCUGGAUGCAAGCUUAGUCUAUAUUGGUGACUUGCUGCGGUUGUCAUUUUCUGUUUGUAUCUAAGCACUGCUGGCUCCAAAGAAAAGUGGAAUGCUCUACUUCAUGGAAUAGCCAAAAUAAGUUUCUUUCCUGCAGAAUAAUCCAGAACACUAUUCCACAUAUUCUUUAUCCUUCAUUUAAAGGUGAUCAGUUUAAUAAAAAGGACAAUUUCUCUUCUAAAGACACACUAAACCGCUUCAAAAUCGUUUUCUAGAUCUGUGGACGUCAGCUGGAUAUACCUUUCAACCUUUUUUUGUACUUUUGUCAUCAAAUGGAGUGACUGUUUCUUGAGACAGUUUUGACCCACCUCUGCACCCCUAUCGUGGAAACAUGGUUUGUCGUUGUCAAAUUUAGUUUUGAACCCACAACCCACUGCGUUUCAUGAAGAGGUUUGGCAGCCUGAGGAGGAGCAAGAAACGGAAGGAGCAAAAUGGGCUAGGAGGGCGGCAUCAGUCCGAGUCAGCAUGUCUUUCUGCCUCUGGACUCUCCACACCACCCACCACGCCAACCCAGGCGUCCAGCCAACCGUUGUUUACCCAGGAGGCCCAGCCAAGCAGGCCCAGCCCCGAACGCCUGGAGGCGAGCUAUCGAUCCCGUUCAAUCUCCACACCUCCAGACACAGGACAACGCCUCAGCCUUCCGUCUGCUAAACCACCGAUCCCUUCCUUGAGCCCUGUGACAUCUUACGCUACCUCGCAACAAGUCUACGGUUUAUUCGAAGGCAUGCUGGAGAAACUUGAACUAGAUGAUGAUGCUGCUGAACCUGAAAGUGAUAUUUACAUGCGCUUCAUGAAAUCCCACAAGUGCUAUGACAUUGUCCCCACAAGCUCCAAGCUGGUGGUGUUCGACACAGCGCUCCAAGUUAAGAAAGCGUUCUUUGCCUUGGUCGCUAACGGUGUGCGAGCAGCUCCGCUAUGGGAUACAGAGAAGCAAAGCUUUGUGGGAAUGCUGACAAUCACAGAUUUCAUCAUCAUACUACACAGAUACUAUAAGUCACCAAUGGUGCAAAUAUAUGAAUUAGAGGAACAUAAGCUUGAGACGUGGAGAGAGGUUUACCUACAAGCAACAUUUAAACCUCUGGUCAACAUAUCACCUGAUGCAAGCCUGUUUGAUGCCGUGUACACCCUCAUCAAAAACAAAAUUCACCGCCUGCCUGUCAUCGACCCCGUCACAGGGAAUGCGCUUUAUAUUCUCACACACAAGAGGAUCCUCAAGUUCCUCCAGCUUUUUAUGUGUGAAAUGCCAAAGCCAGCAUUCAUGAAGCAGACUCUCGGGGAGCUGGGUAUUGGUACGUACCACGACAUCGCUUUCAUCCACCCGUACACGCCCAUCAUCAAAGCACUCAACAUUUUUGUGGAGAGACGAGUGUCUGCCCUGCCUGUGGUAGAUGAGUCGGGCAAAGUUGUGGAUAUUUACUCCAAGUUUGAUGUGAUUAACUUGGCUGCUGAGAAGACCUACAACAACCUGGACAAUACAGUGACGCAGGCUCUGAAACAUCGCUCCCAGUACUUUGAAGGGGUCAUGAAGUGCCAUAAGAUGGAAACCAUGGAGACCAUUGUGGACAGAAUAGUCAAAGCAGAAGUGCAUCGGUUAGUGGUGGUGGACGAGCACUCCAGCAUCGAGGGCAUCGUCUCCCUGUCAGACAUCCUCCAGGCCCUGGUGCUAAGCCCUGCAGCUGCCUGUAAGGAGGAGAACCUGGCUGGGUGAGAGGGAGGACACCAACUUCAUCAGCUGGAGUGGAGACGUGAUGGGAGGAAACAAGUUGAAGGGUAUGGAGCAGAGCCAGUCUGAAGGGCCCAGAGACACCUGAAACUGAUGCACUGUAGAGGCUUGGAAACCAAAGAGCUAGACAGAUGAAUGAUGUGGAGUUCCUGCACUGAGGAUUGAUUUUUCUGAGUGUUUUUUUUUGUUUAUUUGAACACUGAUCAGAUGCACACACACAGUAUACUGUAUUUACACACACACGCAUACACAGAGAUGCAUUAUGGUCGUCUGCUGGGGAAAGGAGGUAAAAUCGAGACUGGUUCUGAUCAAUUAGGGCUUCUGUGUUUUGGGUUGUGUAGUUACGAUCAUGCUGCUGUCAUCUGUUGAUUUUUAGUCACGUUUUGUAGUCCAUACUGAAUGUUAUCACUUUUUGGUAUGUGGUGUAGAAAGGUGGACAUUGAGAGAUGCAAUUUAUUGUUUGAUAGCAAAACUACACUUUACCUAAAAUGUGGCCAUUACAGUUUGCCAGUGCCAAUAUAGAGGGAUUGAUGCCCAAUAUUUAUUUGUGCCUUUUUUGCUCUGCCGACAGCUGUUAAAACUGACAGUGAUUGUGUCCUUUGACUUUUUAUUGUCAAAUGAUUAAUUAUUUGGAUUUGUUUUAAUAAAUGGUUAAGAUAUCGAUGUGUAAUAGUUGGCAGAUUUAAUCUUCUACUUAUCAUUCAAAAAAGAUUUCCCUUUUCAUUUGGUGGCAUAUUCUGGGAUUUUAAACCAAGAAUUAUUAUUAUUCUAAAAAGAGAAUUCUAAAUAAAAUGAUUUUGGCGCUAAAACAUACAGUGGUCAGAGGGAAAUGCAACUGUACAUCAAUAAGGAUUCUAUCAGCCAAGAGUUACGAGAGAGCACUUAUUUUACAUCUUUAGUCAUUGUGACUCAAGGAUGCCUUUUUGAAAUGUUAUUAAAAGACCAGAAAAUUUCCUUUUUAGAUGUUUAAAAACUUAAAAAAAAAAAACCUGUACUUUCAGUUUUGAUGCUUCAGAUAAUCUGAUACUCGCAAACAUGCAACACCACUCUGUUAUCUCAGCUGUAGUGCGACAGGACUCAUCUCCAUCUUUGACUGUAAAUAGGAUCAGUUUUGGGAAACGUGUCACAUAAAGCUUUAUUUUUAUGAAUGUGUCAACAUGUUUAAAGAGACUGCAGUUUUAUUGUUAUUUUUGUAAAUAUAUUGUGUCAAUAUGUCCGGUUCAAAGAGACUUUGUAUCUGAUCAACAUGUACUGUAAAUGGGCAAGCAUGAGAAGCUACACUUCAGCAGUAUGAAUGUCCUUUGUUUUACUUUUUCUAUUUUUCAUUUUUCUGGCUGCACAAAAAUAAAUUGACACUGAAUGUACUU